GGUCUGCAUAGUCUGGCAACAAAACCUACUCUACCUGGCUACCAAUCCAAAGGGGCAUCCAUCUUCAAAAAUGAGUGCUGGAGAACCUAAGGCUGAUAUCAUGGAUGUCACUCCCAACAAAGAUGGAGGUAUCUUGAAGGAGAUUUUGAAACCAGGAGAGGGUGAAGAGGGGCCGCUAGGAGGUGACCGUGUAUAUGUACACUAUGUAGGGACACUUGCUGACGAUGGAUCAAAGUUUGAUUCUAGUCGUGACAGAGGGGAGCGCUUUGCCUUCACCCUUGGCAAAGGUGAAGUUAUUAAAGCUUGGGAUUUGGGUGUGGCUACCAUGAAGAAAGGGGAGCUAGCCAGAUUGACAUGUAAAAGUAAUUAUGCCUAUGGGGAACAAGGUAGUCCACCAAAGAUUCCACCCAAUGCAACUCUGGUGUUUGAGGUUGAAUUGUUUGAGUGGCAUGGUGAAGAUAUCAGUAAAAAUAAAGAUGGUGGUAUAAUUAGAAGAAAUAUUAAACCAGGAGAAGGCUACCAAUCCCCCAAUGAAGGUUCAGUUGUGGAUGUGCAUAUUGUUGGUCGAGUCAACGGCACGAUUUUUGACGACCGAGAAUUGAAAUUCUCCCUUGGUGGAGGAUCAGAACACAAUAUUCCUGAGGGCCUAGAAUGUGCUCUUGAAAAUUUCAAGAAAAAAGAGAAAUCAACUAUCAAACUUUCACCAGAGUAUGCAUUUGGAUCUGCAGGGAAUGUAGCCAUUGGUGUCCCACCUGGUGCUGCUCUAGAAUAUGAGGUGGAAAUGAGGAGUUUUGAGAAGGCAAAGGAACCUUGGGAAAUGGAUCAAGAAGAAAAAAUUGAACAGGCUAAAGUAUACAAAGAUCGUGGGACAAAUUACUUAAAGCAAGAGAACUAUCAACUGGCAGCAAAGCAAUACAAGAAGAUAAUUGAUCUUUUGGAGCAUGAUUCUGGUCUGGAUGAUGAAAAAAAGGCUGAAAGCCGUGCAGUAUUAUUGGCAGGAUAUUUGAAUCUUGCAAUUACUUGCCUUAAACUAAAGCAGAACUCCGCUGUGAAAGAACAUUGUACAAAGGCCCUUGAAUUGGAUAAGAAUAAUGUUAAGGCUUAUUUUAGAAGAGGCCAGGCCAAUUUAAACAUGGGUGAUGCUGAACAAGCAAAGAGUGAUUUUGAAGCUUGCCUCAACAUAGAACAAACAAAUAAAGCAGCAAAGCAACAGUUGCAGUGCUGUAUUGCCAAGAUCAAAGCAGAGAAGUUGAAAGAAAAAAAGAUUUAUGGUGGAAUGUUUGAGAAGUUUGCCAAACAGGAUAAAAAGAAAGAAGAUACAGAAGUCAACAAAAAGGAUGUGAUAACUGGUGAUGUUGGUGGAUUGAAUAAUGUUGAAGAGAAGAGUGAUUCUGGUACCAGUGAAAAAGUUUGUUAAUAGUAAUUUGACUGAAGAUGCUGUAACUUUCCAUUUAGUAGCUAUACAGUAACUCAUUUGUAGUCCUGUGUAAUUGAAGGAUGUGGUUUUCCUGUACUGUAUUGGGUCUUUUGAUGGAUAAUGAAUAGUUUGAGAUAACCUUCCUUGAUGAUUCACUUUAUAUAUUUUUUUUCAAUAGAUACUUUACUGUAACUUGAAAAGCUACAAGAAACCUAUUGAUAUCUUUAAGAAUAAAUGGUGAAGUAAGAUCAAUACUAUGAAAUGGUACAGUGUUCAUGAGUGUUAGUUCCUAAUGUUAUUUUAAGUGCUGUUGCUUUUUUAAUUUUGUUGAUAUUAUUGGUUCUCUGCACUAAGACUACCAAUAAUGCCCACACUACUUCAUUAGAAAAAUGUAUUGAAUUUUAUCAGUAUGUAAGGGGUCAGGAGUUUACUAUCGGCUCUGUAAACAAUGCCAGCACAACUGAACUUUCACCGUUUGUUCAUUUUUAACAACAUUAUGAAGUAGGUUUUAUGCAAUACAGUGUCCCGCGGUUAACGGACUGUUCAAUUAACGAAAUUUCGGUUAACGAAUUAGCUCCCAUUAACGAACAAAACUUUGAUUAACGAAAGCCUUAGGAGAAACUUGCUUUGUUGUGCACAUCAGCUGAUCGGUUCUAUGUUUCCAGUUGAGUAAAUACUGUAUCAAGAAAGUAGUGUUCGUGAAUAUUUUUGCAUUUUUUAUAUUAAAAUUAUUGGUCAUUCUAAAAUUUAGCCAUCCAAGCUGUCUUCAUAAAGUUUUUCAACUAAUAUUUUUGGCUCAAUAUAUGUAACCUUAUUCAUCUAUUUUCACUCAUUUACAUGCAAACACUGUCAUAAGGGCAAAGCUGUACUGUACAUGUACUCAAAAUAAUGUACUAAAUGAUUACUAAGAAUUUUUGCUAGUGCAAACUACAGCAUGUUUAUAUUCAAAUUAUUCACUAUCUUAUAAGAAUUCCAGCAAUGUAAAUUAUAUUCUCCCCGGUCACUUCUGUGACAUUUUAUAAGCAAAAAACAAAAACUCAAUCUAAAGGACAU